AUGGUCACGAUCACCGAAGUGGCGACCGCGGACGCCUUUAUGGCGGCGACGCUGGCGCUUCGCCUCGAGGCGCUCGAAGCCAGCAACCUCAUUACCAUGUCCAUGACGCUGUCGCCGCCGACGCCGACCAAGACCAAGUGGUUCUAUCUCGUCUCCGGUGACGGCGACGACGCGCCAACGUCCUUUGCAGUGCUGACGGCAAACCAAGGUCCGUCGCUCGGACCCAAGAUGACGUAUGACCAAGCGUUUGCGCUGGGCGAGUACGUCGCGACGCAAGGUGUGACGUCCGUGACCGAGAUCCACGGUUUCGAACCCAGCACCAAGGCGUUCGUUGCCGGCUACCAGCAAGUGCAUCCCGACACCACGUGGCGCACGGGCGGCGAACCUGGUCUUGUCUACCGCCUUGGCGCAUUGACGCCGCCAGAAAACGCCAUCGGGGCGCUGGUGCCGGCCACGGACGCCGACAUCGAGCCCCUCGUCGACUGGAUGAUCGCGUUCAAGAUGGACUGCUACGGGUCGGAACUGCCGCGCGCGGCCGCGACCGCGACUGUCACGUCGUCGAUUGCCAGCGGCCGCAUGUUCUUCUAUGUCGUCGACGAGACACGUGUGGGCUUUGGCGCGUAUGCGCCGCCAAUGACGACGGCCGACACGACUGUGUACAUGCUCGGACCGAUCUACAUUGUGCCAUCGGCGCGGCGUCGGGGCCAUGCAAAGGCGCUCACAUCCGCCCUCGCCCUGCAUGUCGAAACGAUUUGCCCGACGAAGGAGAUUGCGCACAUGCUUAUUUCCGGUGCGGACAACUUGGCGUCCAACCAAACGUAUCGGAGCCUCGGGUUCGAGCCCGUCGGCCUCCUCGUUGGCUACUCGCUCGAAGCAACGCCAUAGUUCUCGACGCAACAGUACUAUCGCUCGCUUAACGACUGCUAAUAUCCACCUGACUAAUAUCCGACAUAUGCCCACCG